GACAGGGGACACUGCGUGCUUCAUUUGCUUCUUCCUUCUUUUUGGAGUGCGAUCAUGGGGAACAUCAGAAGCAAGCCAGAGUCGAUUGGGCAGUGGAGAAGCCAUAGAAGUAGGGCGAGAGCAAGUUUUCCAACGCAGGCCUGCGAUUCAGAUCCUGCUUCGGUUUCAGGUACACCGCAACAGGUAGAGGAACUUGAGAUAUGUUGUGACGACGUCGAACCCAGUCGACCUGAAUAUAGCAGAACGGUCCUUAUGUGCGGGGGUUUAGGACUGACGGCGCCUCCAGAAGUCAAGCAAUGGCAGAGUUUCACAGAGAUUUACUUGAUGGAAAAUCAGUUUACUGAGUUACCCGAGGAUCCUCGGAGUCGUGUACUCUUGGCGUUGUUUCUGAAUAGAAAUUACAAACUUAGAAUGAUUACUCCCUCUUUCUUUGAUUACAUGCCUGCUCUGGAAAUCCUGAAUCUAUCCCGAACUCGGAUCAAGUCCUUGCCAGAGUCUCUGUUCAGGUUAAGCCGCCUAAAAAGACUAUUCUUAAAUCACUGUGAGCUAUUGACGGUGUUACCUCCAAAAAUUGGAGAACUUCAGCAGCUUGAGGUACUUGAUCUUGAAGGGACUGAGAUCAUGGAUCUCCCAAAGGAGGUUGCCAAGCUCACAAAGCUCACUUGCUUAGAAGUAUCUUUUUGUCGAUGCAUAAAUCGGGGCACAAAAUCUGCGAAAACUGCUGCAUUGAUUCCUCAAGGCACUAUUUCUGCGCUCUCUAAAUUAGAAGAGCUAAGUAUUAAUGUAAAUCCGGAGGAUGAGAGAUGGGAAAAUGUUGUGGAAGCUAUUGUUGACGAUGUUUGUGGCUUGACAAGGCUGGAUACACUUAAACUGUACUUUCCACAGGUGGACCAUCUCAGGAAAUUUGAAUGGUUUUGUAUACCUAGAUGGUUAUCGCAUUUCAAAUUUAUUGUUGGCAAUCAUGAUGAACGCAUCAUGUCUCGUCUCCCAGUGGAUCUUGAGCUUGAGUUUGAAUACUGGGAUAGAUCCCUCAGAUAUGUAAAUGGUGUGGGUGUACCCAUCAAUAUCCAAAAUAUGCUCUCGCAUACUACUGCAUUUUUUUUAGACCGCCAUACGGAUGUGACUAAGCUAUCUGAUUUUGGGAUUGAGAACAUGGAGCAACUGAAAUGCUGCAUAAUUGGGGAGUGUAAUGAGACUCAGGUAAUUAUUGAUGGAACUGAAAUGUACGAUGAAGCUGAUAGAAGUGAAAUUGCAUUGGAAACAUGGGAGGAUGAUAGGAGGUUUCUUGGAUCACUUGAGUAUCUCUAUGUAUAUCGUUUGAAGAGCUUGAGGAGCAUUUAUGAGGGGCCACUGCAUCGAGGAUGCUUGUCUCAUCUUAAAUGCUUGGUCUUACUGACAUGUCCUCAGUUGACCACUAUAUUCACACCUGAACUACUGAAAAACCUUGAUAGCUUAGAAGAGCUCAAAGUUGAAGACUGCCCCCUUGUCAAAAGUUUAGUGAGGUGUGAAGAUCCUUUAAUUUGCAAGGGUACUUUCCUUCCCAGGUUGAAAAAGAUAUUCCUAUUCUCUUUGCCUGAACUCAUUGGCCUUUCCUAUGGCCUUUGCAUUGCACCAAACUUGGAACAAAUGAGCAUUUUUGAUUGUCCGAAUCUCAGGCAUCCAUCAACUGAUGAAUUCUCUUGCAAUCAUCUGACAGUGACUGAAGCGCAAAGUAUUCCAAAUGAUGCAAGCAGAGAGCACCCUGCUCCUCCUGUGGUUUCAUCUACGACCACUGGUGGUUUUCGCUGUGUACGUGAUGUUACAAAUGAUACAAGCGGAGAACAGCCUGUCUCUCCUGGGAUUUCAUCUACAACCACUAGUAAUACAGCAAUUAACGCCUCAGUUUCCUUGAAGACCACCAGUAAUUCAGCAAUUACAUCUUCAAUUUCAUCGAAGACAGCUAGUAAAACUACCAUUAACCCUUCAACUUCUAAACUUGAAGAGGAAAUUCUAGUUACUCCUCUGCUGCGGGAAUUUUCGUUAAAUGACCUUAAGUUAGCUACAAAAAACUUCAGUAAUGCCACUCUGCUCAAUAGAGGUGGUUUUGGCAGUGUCUUUAAGGGUUGUAUUAAAGAAAAUGGCACUGGGCUGAUGGUUGCUGUUAAGAGACUCAAAUGCGAUUGGAUCCAGGGUCGCAAGGAAUGGCUGGCUGAAGUGAAGCAUCUUGGUCAUGUAGGACAUCCAAAUUUGGUAAACUUAAUUGGAUAUUGCAUUGAACUCGAUGAAAGGCUGCUAGUAUAUGAGUUUAUGCAACGAGGGAGCUUGGAGGAUCAGCUCUUUAAAAUGCGCAGUGGAGCGACUCUGCCUCUUUCUUGGUCUACCAGGAUGAAAAUAGCCCUGGAUGCUGCAAAGGGUCUUGCUUUUCUUCAUGAGGAAGCAGAACCGAAAGUGAUAUGCCGUAAUUUUAAAACUUCCAAGAUUCUAUUAGAUGCUGACUACAAUGCCAAGCUUUCUGUUUUAGGAGUUGGAAGAUUUUAUCCCAAGGGAGAUGACUCUCCCGUAUUCCCCCAAACUCACUUUGCCACCAAAACCAUUGGAACAUAUGGCUAUGCUGCCCCGGAAUAUGUGGCGACUGGGCACCUCAUGGCAAAGAGCAAUGUCUAUGGUUUUGGUGUGGUUCUUUUGGAAAUUCUGACCGGAUUGCGAGUCAUAGACCAAAGUCGGCCUUCCAGUCAGCAUGACCUUGUCGAAUGGGCUCGUCCAUCUCUAACAAAGAAACGAGAGUUGCACAGAUUGAUAGAUCCAAAGCUGGAACGUCGAUACUCACUAAACGGAGCCCGCAUUGCUUCGCAGUUGGUCGCUCACUGCCUUAGCCACGAUCCAAGACUUCGUCCCCAGAUGAGUGAAGUUGUUGAAGUUUUGAAGGGUCUCCAAAAUUUCCAGAUAAGGCAAACUUCAUCUGAAAUUGUCAGAACGAGCCAGGGAAGCUCUAGCAGUGGAAUGGCUUUUCAAGGCAAACCGCGGUGA